AUGGCUCUGGGAUCCUUUGACCCAGAAAAGAGCGGUGGAACCCUCCACGAUACCGAUCAUGGCUACGACAAGAACGAGCUCACGGAUGUGUCCAUUGAGCCAGAAGCCAGCGUCUCGUCGCCCACCGAUAUGUACAGCAGCGAAUAUGUCAAACAAGACAAGGGGUUGUUCGCCGGCCUCCGCCGUUUCGAGGCUCGCAUGGACGCCAAGUUUGGGAUUGAAUCAGAAGCCAUCGAUCGCAAACGGCCCGAAGACAAGCGUCCCGUCCGCUGGCAUGAAGAGCUAACCAUGGCCCUCCUGUGGGCCUCGGGGACGAUGAACACAUCGUGCUUCGCGACCGGAAUGCUGGGCUGGGAAUUCGGCUUGAGCCUGAAACAAUCGAUCAUCAUCACCAUAUUCGCAUCCAUCCUGGGCGGUGCCGUGACCGGAUACUGCGCCACGUUCGGCGCAGCAAUGGGCCUGCGACAGAUCUCAGUGUCGCGCUACAGUUUCGGCUGGUGGCCGAACAAGAUCAUCGCGGCCCUCAACGCCGUGCAGCAGAUCGGCUGGGCCGCGGUGGGCUGCAUCACAGGAGGACUGGCUCUCACGGCGGUCGCAGACGGACACGUUUCCUUGGUGGUCGGCAUCGUCAUCAUCGCCGUUGUCGCCUUGAUCAUCAGCUUCGUCGGGCUCCAUGCCAUCUUGAUCUACGAGCGCUACGCCUGGCUGAUCUACUUUAUCAUCUUCAUGAUCAUUUUCGGCGAGACCGGCAAAUACGCCGACAACACGACCGGGGCAUCCGUCACGGGCGCCACGCUCGCUGGAACGGUCUUGUCCCUGCUGGCAAUCGUCUACGGCAGUUCCUCGUCGUGGUGCACCAUGGCCUCCGACUACUACGUCCACUACCCGGCCUCGGUGUCGAGAGUCAAGGUGUUUCUGAUGACCACUUUCGGCAUCGCCAUCCCCACCAGCAUCGGCAUGGUCGCCGGCUGCGUGGUGGCCAGCGCGCUCAACAACCGUCCGGAUUGGAGCGCUGCAUACGAUGAAGGACUCGGCUUUUUGAUCCAAGAUAUGCUCCAUCCGCGCGGCUUCGCGAAGUUCUUGUUGACUCUGUUGGUCCUGAGUGGUAUCAACACCAACAUCAUCAGUAUCUAUUCCGCCGCCAUCUCCUGCCAGCAGUUCAGCCGGCCAUGCGCCCGCGUCCCGCGCUUCAUCUGGACCUUGCUCUGUUUCGCCGCCAUUCUCGGUCUCGCCAUCGGUGGCCGCGAAAAGCUCAACACCUAUCUCUCCAACUUCCUGUCUCUGUUGGGAUACUGGUGUACUUCCUACUUUGUCAUUCUGUUGGAGGAGCAUGUCAUCUUCCGCAAACGCAACUUUGCAAACUACGACUUGGAAGGUUGGAAUGAUCCGGCUCGUCUGCCGCUGGGCUUGGCCGCUUUGCUUGCCUUCGGUCUGGGUGUGGUGGCUUGGUGCAUGGGCAUGGUCGAGACCUGGUACGUCGGCCCGCUAGGCAAGUUGAUUGGUGAUUCUGGCGGCGAUGUUGCCAACGAGUUCGCCCUCGUCGUCACAGCUAUCACCUAUUAUCCUGCUCGGUAUCUAGAGCUGAAGUAUUUCGGAAGGUAG